UUAAAAUUGUACAAAUAAAAUUUAUAUUUUUAAUAUAUAUAGAAAAUGGAUUUGGAUGUAACCUUCAAUUGUUGUGGAAGAGUAAAUUUGAAUGAUUGGCAAUUAAGUAAAACAAGUCUACUGUUAAAUGGAGAAAUAGACAAUGUAUUUUUUCCAUCAGAAGAAUAUCAUUUUCAAGAUACGCAUAUAGAACUUUUUGAUAAUGUUGUACCUGCAAAUACUGUUAUUUUAAAUAUAAAUCAUUUUGUAAAAUGCAUGGAAAUGCAGUUAAAGAUAUUCAAAAGGUAUGAAGAUUAUGGUCAUAAUUUAAAUACAAAUAAUCGUAUAAAUUUCUUUUCUAUACGAAGAACAAUAUGUCGACUUAUUUCAUAUUUGCGUGUGUACAUGAACAGUAUAAAGUGGGAUUAUUGUAAAUUAAGAAUUAUAAAUCCUACUAUUGAAGAAGAUUUUGAUACAUUAUUUUCAACCAUAAAAAGAUUUCUCAGCAGAUUAAGAAAUAUUCCAGAAUCUAUAUUUCAUUAUGCAGCAUCCAAUUUAGGCAAUAAAUGCGUGCAACCAGAAUUUCAUUUGUACCAUCUCCAUUUAGAUUUAAGAUGGUUGUAUAUAACAUUAAUAUACAUGCGUAAUGUACAUUGGCAAUAUUCUGAAGAAGUUGGUAUGGAUGAUAUUGAAAAUGUUUAUAAAUUAAUUAUCAGCGAUCUUAUUUAUAUUUCAUGUAAAAUAUUCGAAAGGAUUCCUUUAACAGAUCUACGUCAAAAAACACCAUACAGUUGUACUUGUAUGCGAGAGCUAUGGCUUAUGCUUCAGAUUUUUGUUGAUGAAUUAGCAAAUAGAAUACAGAUUGCAUCAUUUUGGGAUCAUAUAAAUUUUUGUAUAAAUGCUAUGUUAGAUGAAAACAAACAUCAGAACAAUUGGAUCUAUUGGUAUAAAGGGACGGAAUGUUCUUUAUUUACUUGUAAAAAUCCUGAAUUAUUUUGUAUUUGGAUUAUAUAUCAUUUUACUCUUUUGUAUGGAUAUAAUAAUGAAGGGAUAUAUUUGCAUACUAAUUGUUCCAGGAUUCGUUCGAAUUACGAACAAGCUGAGAAAAUUUUGAAAGCAUAUGUUUCCAAAGGUGGAAAAGAUGGCGAAAGGGAUGAAAUAGAUGAAGAAUUACAAGUAAUAAUACCAUUAUUACGUAUUCUAAUUACAGAUUGGUGGCCUUCACGAAUUCCAAUAGUUACUCUUUUAUGGGAUUGUUUUCAUAAAAGAUUAGAUCAACCUUUUUUAUUACAAACAUCUGGCCCUUGGGCUUUAUCCCUUGAAAAAAAAACUCCUAUGGAUAUAUUUAAACAUAUUAAGGACAGAAUUGAUGGAAAUUUUGAACAAGUGAAAGAAUCAAGUUAUGGGAUGUUUCUAAGAUUGUUAGGUUCCUUCUUAAAAAAAAAUUAUGGUAGUAAUGAUACAAAAUAUUGGAAUCAAAUCAAGGGUCGUGUAUAUUCCAAAUUUUCUAAGGGUAAAGUUCAAGAAUUUUCUGAAACAGGUUUAUACAAUUUUAUUUCCUUGUUUCUUACCUUAGCUGUUACUGCAGAUACUCUUAAUGUAUCUACAGUAAUGCUUGAUCUUUUACCAUCAAUGCAAAAUUUCAAUCAUGAAAAUGCCAGGAAGUAUAAUUUAAUUUGGAAAGGAAAAUUAGUUAUUUUACUAUUAUUUCAUGAACUUAAACUGAAUUAUUCCCAUAUAAUGAAUAACAUCACAGAAACGGUAAAUAUCAUAAGCUGUCAUAAAGAUGAAACGUCCCGUUCCAUGAUGAUAAAUUUUGUUGAUAUAUUGAAUAUUAUCUUUUCAUCUGAUACUAAAUUAGAAUUAGGUGAACAUUUAUUCAUUGGUGGUUGGAUUGAUCGCUAUUUAUUAGAAUGUUCCAGAUAUAGAGUACAUUCUGUUAUCAAAAUUCUUAUUUGCAUUUUCGAUAAAUGCAAUUAUUUGAAAAUGAUUAAUAGUAAUUUAGAACAUGUUUCUAAAAUGUUGGAUGCUUUGUGGUCUAAUGUUGCUUGUAGAGUACGACAACUUGCUUUUGAUCCAUUACUUAUUGAAGAUCAUUAUCAUGAUCUCGCAAAACUUGCAGUUGCUUUUACAUUAAAUGCACUUAAAGAACCAGUAAUAGCGAAAAAAUACAAACAUUCUGCGGUAUCCUUGUUUCAACAUUUUGCAACAUCUUUAAUCAUAAAAGAUAUAAGAAUCACACGAUAUUAUUUAAUGAUAAUACUUCAAGAAGAAGAAAAUAUAUACAAUUUGAAAAAAGAACUUAAAAAUCUUGAUCUCAUGCUUAUACAAGCAUGGAUCAAAUGUUCUAUUUUGGGAUAUGAUGAAAAUUGGACAGAAAUAGAAAUUUUACAAAAUUACGUAUCUCAAUUAAAUGAAAUUAAAGAAAUUUUUCUUACUAAUCAAGAUUUUAAUGAAUUCAAAAAUAACAAAGAAGCUAUAUUAAUAUUUAUAAUGUCUGCUAUGAGAAAACGUAAAUCUCUUAAGAAUGAACAUGAAAAAAAUCAGUUUGACAUAAGAUACAGAUUAUAUUUCAAUAAUUUAGAUAAAUGGAUACUUUCAUCUAUAACAGAAGAAACUCAAGAAACAGAACUUGCUUAUUGGAUUUAUAGAUGUGCAGGAACAUUAAUUCUAUGUUCUGCUCCUAUGUUUUAUGCGAAAAAUCAGGCAAACAGUAUGUUGAAGGUUUUAUUACAUAAAAUUGCCCUUCCAACAGAACAAUCUUCUCAGGGUUACAUCAAGAACUUGUGUAAAAGAAUAUUUUCCAUGAUAAUCCUUGGAUUAGAAUCUUUGAAUAUUAAAAGUGAUAUUUCGUUACAAGUAUUAAAUAGAAGUUUAUUUGAUCAAUACAUUCCAAUUUUAAUAACACAGGAUACUAGUGGAAAUUAUAAAGUAUCCGAUACUUUACUUAAGUGUUUCCAGGAUGCAAAAGCUGAUUUUUCGUGUCUUAUAUUUGAAAUGCUUAUGACAUUGUUUUUUACAAUUUCAUCUGAAAAUAAUUUACAUAAGCAUAAUCAUUUGGUAUUAUUACUAUUGAAAACUUUAUUAAAAGGAGAUAAAACGUAUGCAAUUAACAUAACAGAACAAAUUAUAACAAUUUGUGUACCCCAUGUCGUUACCUCUUAUUUAAAAGUCCACGAUUAUCCACAUAAACAUCUUGCUAUUGAUUUUAUGAAUAGUAUUUUUACAAAUUGUUAUUACAGAGAGAAUGUUUUUAUAAGAGAAAAAUUGACGAACACUUUAUCUGAUAUUCUACAGAGGUAUCUUACAAUAUAUCCUCAGUCUUUGUUUGAAUUUAUGCGUUCAAUUACACCUUUAAGGAUUGAUGCAAUCAAAAUCUUAUUUCCACAAAUAGAAUCCAUUGUAGUUGAUCUUGAAAAAUAUAGACGUCCUAAUGCUGCAUCUUUAAGGUAUACAUUCAACCAAUUUCAAAAUUUCGUACGGAACAUGGUAAAUAAGCAAUAAUAAUGUUGAAAAUUUAUUAAUAAAUACUAAAUAGUACAAUUAGAACUAUUUCAAUUUUGUACGAAUUUUAAAG